UAUAGACAGGGCUUUGUUUGUCUCUUGUGCUUCAUGGGUGCGCUCGCUAAAACCUGCAGUUUAUUUAUUUUGGACAAGGAUCCGCUUAAGACUGGACUUUGUUUGUCUUUUGUGCUUGAUGGCUGCGCUCGCUAAAACCUGCAGUUUUGGGGAGAAAAUCCUUCAUCUCCUCGUUUAUUUUGGACAAGGAUCCGCUUAAGAGAUGUCAGCGAUCAGCUCCAGUCCAGAUGAUCCAGAGAUCCGGAUUCUUCUGGUGGGCAGGAAGGCUUCUGGGAAAAGCUCAUCUGGAAACACUUUACUGACAGAAAGAAAGUUUCAAGAGCAUGAGUCUGAAGUGUGUGAGGGUCAAACACAGAUUGGUGGGAAGCAGGUUGCUGUGAUUGAUUGUCCAGAUCUACUGGAUCCAGAUCUGUCUGAAGAGCAGCUGGUCUCUCGAUGUUCAGCAGGUCUCAGUUCAGUUCUGCUCACCGUUCCUCUAGAGCAACCUGUGCAAAACGAGGAAGAGAUCCUGGAUUAUAUCAAGUGUUUAUUUGGUCCUGAGGUUCAGAAAUACUUCAUGAUUCUGUUCACACACAAAGAUGAUCUGGAGGAUCUGGAUCAGACCAUUGAGGAACAUCUGAAACACAAAGAUCAUGCAGAUCUACAGCGACUGGUGACUGAAUGUGGAGGAAAGUUUCACUGUUUUAAUAACAAGAGAAAAUCAGACAAUCAGAUUCAAGAACUACUUCAGAAGAUUGAAGGAACAAUGGAGGAGAACAGAGAGAAAUUUAUCAUGGGACGGAAGAGGAGGAGACAGCAUGCCCAGCAUUGUCAAUUUUUCAGCUGAAGAUCCAGAUGAGGCUGAUGUAGUUCCUGAGAGGAAAGACCAGAUCAGACUAGUUCUGCUGGGAGAAACUGGAUGUGGGGAAAGUGCCACUGGAAACAGAAACCUGUUUGAAUCUUCAGCCGGUUCAGACUCUGAAAUGAAAUGGAGCAGCUCAGAAAGCAGUGUCAGGAUGGGUAAAGAGGUAAAAAAGCCAUUGCUAUUUAGUGCUGCAGCACAGGCCUUUCUGUUUACCAUCUGCUUCACACAGAUCUAGAUCAGCUGUGAAAAAAGAAAUACACAAAUGUGACCCAUAUACAGCACCUGCUGCACAAUCUAAAAUGCUUAAAGGGGUCAUCGGAUGCAAAAUUCACUCUACAAGUUGUUUGAACAAAUGCGUGUUGGAAGUGCGUGUACACAUCCAUCCUAUAAUGAUAAAAAUCCACCCAGUGGUUUUUUAAAAUCCCCUUUCUCAAAUCAGGCUGUUCUGAGAUUACUGUCAGAAUGUAGAUUACGAAGGCACAUGAAUUAAAAAAAAAAAAAAAAACCAAGUGCACGGAUGAAUUCUUUAUAAUAAACACUACAGUAUUCCAUCAAAAAAAUAAGAAUUGUAAAUUCUUUAAGGGUUUUUAUUAAUCUUUGCAAAUCGCCAGUUUCGUGGCUGAAGUUUCUAUGGGCCGCGAUACGCAAGCCAUCCGCCAUUUUUGGAACGGUCUGUGAAUCUUUGAGCGUAUUGACUGUGCGUCUACAUCAAGUUAUACACUUGUAUAUCUUUGAAUAUUCAUUGAUUAUUAUGGUGAAUGUGAGAUGGCUGACGUGUCAACAUAUCUGGAGCGGUCGAAUAGGGAAUCUACACAGAUCUAUGGUCUGCUCCUCGCUCCACAGAAGAGAGGGGCGGAGUCAGCAGAGCUCAUUAGCAUUUAAAGAAACAUGGACUAGAUCAGCAUGCUGAAAACAGCUGAUUUUGACAGGUUUAAAAAGGUGUUUUUUACACUACUGCUGAGAAAUUUGAAUAUGUUACAGACUUUUCAUUAAGACCCUAAAGAAUCAUAUCAACUUGGGGAUCCGAUGACCCCUUUUACAUGACAAACAUAUGAAGUGCCUGAAUGUGCUAAAACAGUGAUCGUAAAAGCUUACUAUAUACAGGCGAGCAGAUCAGCCUAUAGCUUACAAACACAGCACAUUAAAUGGUUAAGUGUCUGCUAUGAAUCAAAACCUGGGGCUGCAAAACAUGUUACUGGGGCCGAAGGGGACACUACCGACGGAGAAGAUAUGUGAUUCAGUGAGAAAAAUCAGAAGCUAAUGUGCCUUUUUCCUCACAGAUUCAGCUUGUUAACAUGAUUGAAUUAUGUAUUUUAUUGCAUUCUUUUGCAAAUCUAAGCUUAUUUAGAUGAUCCAUGUACUUACACAAAUUAUUUUGAAAGUCAUGAAUUAUAUCAGUUUCACAUGUAACCUUAUUUUAUACGGUCAAUAAAUAUUUUCUGUUUUGAAAUGUGUGCAGUUUUUUUAUUAAGUAUUAAUGUGUAAAUGCUACUGCAGUGCAAUAUAGUCUCAAACACAUGUUGCUUUUCUAUCUGUGCUUAUUUCUGUCAUUGGUAGUAGAAAAUAAAAAGGCCUAUAAUCUGUUACUGUAAAAAUAAAAACGACAUCUGACCACAUUCAUGACAUUUGUUUUGUCAAGGUAAUAAAUAAAAUUUCAUAUACACAUUCUGAAGUAAAUCAUUGAAGCCUGAUAUUCAACUCCUGCUGGGCACAAUUUAAAUUAAAUGGAAAAAACACAAACAAUACCCUUAAACACAAGCUGCGUACUUUACUGAAAUGUCAGUCGACAUGUUACGUGAUGUUUUGACUUUAUGAUCAUUAGUUUCAUUUUCACGUUGCUUCACAAACAGGUCACCGUGAUAUUUACAGGCAAACACAUAGCGGUUUCUGGUUAAACCAAAAUAUUCUGUUUACCGUUGGUAAACCUCAUAUGUAAACAUGAGUUGAAGAUUAGGUUCCUCCUUUACAUUCUGAUGCCUGUACAUAAAUAAUCAGUCAACAAACCACUUCUACGUAGUUUGUUCACAAAACAUAAGAAUCUU